CAUAUUAUUUCUUGGUGCGCAGCCAGCUGUGCGCUGUCGAGGAACAGGAUGAAACAGGAGGUCGAUAGGCUUUAUAGCGGGCCCGUCUCCGCGAGCAUCGCCAUCAAUGGGGAUAAAGAUCAACAAAGCAGCACGGUCAGGGCGACCCCAUACAGCGACUAUGACGUCAACGGGGCUGUCCCAAUGUAAUCCUCAUCACACCAUCACAACAUGCCAGUUGAGACAUACAACGCCCAUAGUAUGAGCUCUAGUGGGAGUCCCCGAAGACAAAGGCGAAUAAAGAAUGAGGACAACUCUGCACAAGUGAAGAUAGAACAGGAGGUCGGUGAGAAGCGCGAAGCUGAAACAGGAGAAGAGACGGAGGCGAAGAGGCUGAAGACAGAAGAAGCUGAUACAACUGAAUAUGCAUUCACCCCAGGGGUAAUCGAGCGUGGUCAUAUAUACUUCUUCUACCGCCCAAAAGUCCAACGUGAAGAAGUUCAUUCUAUGGACGAUGUCGGCAAGCUCCAUAUGCUCCUUGUCCCUAGUUCAUCCGAGUCCUUAACCGUGCAAGGCGAAAUUAAGCAGAGUAAAGAUGUCUCCGGUGCAGAUGCGGAGCAGAUGAACCUUGUGGCGCAAGGCGCAGACGCUGCACCCCCACCUGAAUCAACGACAAAGGAUAAAAAACAUUUCCGCUUGAUCAUUGUGGGGAAGAAGAAACUCCCUGACCCUGAAAGCGAAAGGCACGUCCCAAUUUGGGCGACAGUAAUAUUCCUCGGCGACAAUUUACAUGACCUGGAGAAGAAGUUGGGGGAAAAGACUUAUGAGACAAAAACUCGGGGUACACGUCACACACCACCCGUUCGCCUCGCAGGCCGUGGUGUGUAUGCGAUUGUCAACUCUCAAGGGAAUGUCCCAUCAAGAAAUGCCACUCAUCUCGGAUACCACCUUUCACACCCGACCGAGUUGGGAGAUGUCCAGAAAGCACUUGGGAUUCAUAUUGCAUCCUCUUUCGUAAUCCAAGUCAAAAAUCCCAAAGCAGAAGCUCAGGCUGGUCAACGUGUAGGAUUGCCCGAGAGUCGACGUGCAAUGUAUUCAGAAGGCAUCAUGAAACACGUAUUUGGAAGAGGUGAAAAAGGACGCUCGUCGAUUGGGCUCCGAUUCACCAAUUGUAACUGUAUUGAACUUCUGGAGCACGAAGGUGCCGAAUUACUUCUCAUUCCCGCUCGUACGGGAACGGAAGGAAAUGAUCAGAGCCUCGGAAAUGGGCGGGGAGAAGCUUUGGAAGAAGUCAGCCGCUAUGAAUCGGAGGAACGAGUCGAACAAAUCUUUAAGGAACUGGCCUUUAAUAAGGACCAAUUCCCAGGAGAGCCUCUCAAAGGGGAGUGGGCAUAACACGGUUAAUAUGAAAGGCUACGUGGCCAUAUCACGAGUUUUCUUGCGGACCUGCGAGGAAUGCAAUUGCGGUAAUGAUACUAUGCUAGUCAAUGGGUAAAAUACAAAUGUUCGCACAAGUUUUCUCGUCUUGUCCAUGUCAUGUCAUGUCAUGUCAUGUCAUGUCAUGUCA